ACAGCCCGUUCAAACUGCUCGUGUUCCUAAGACCGCACGUGUACUAUCGCAUCAACGAAAAAAAACACGCGUAAGUUGACGUUUUCGCUCCAAGCACGCGGAGAACAAACGGAGACGAAUACGAAGUGACGAGAGAGAAUCGGCUCCGAUUAAGUUCGAUAAGAUCGGAAUACGGUACGGGGAACAUGUGCCAGUGGUGCGAUGUGAGCAAGUGCAACGGACGCGAUCAGUAAACAAAGAGGAAAUCGUCUCGAGCUUGUAUUGUUGAGAGGGAGAAGAAAGGGCGCGAGAGGAACGGGGAGUAGGUCGUGGGUGGUGCUGCGGUGACCCAGUGCGGAAGUACAGCACACUCUGCACGAUGAUUAUGCGGAGGUGUUUCGUAUCGACCGCGAUGUUCAUCGUCCUAAUAUUGUUAGGCGAAUUUGAUGGAAGUGCGGCCGAGCGAUGGUCACGACAAGUCUCCAAUAGCGAAUGGAUCCCCUUGACUAAUCCGAGGGCCGCUCAACUGUCACAGAGCAAUGCAGGAAGCAACCUUUUAUCAGCUGGCAGCACACAUGUACCAAAUCCGAUUCAAUCACUCGCGUUACCGCCUGCUCUUCAGCAGCAAUACCAGGAACAAUUGAUUCAGCUGCAAAAGACACAGGAGAGUAUUCAAAAGCUUCUAUUGCUGCAACAGCAGCUCAGAGCUCAGCAGCAACUUCUUCAGUCCCAGACGUUUUUACCCGACGCCAAAGACGAAAAACAAGCGCUGCCACCGAGUUCUUUAGGCAAUUUGCAAACAGCACCCGAGUCUGUAUCGCCGGAAGUUUUAGUCCCGCCACAUCCAUCCUCGGAAGCGAUUCUACCGGUAUAUCCCGCUCAAAGUUUCCUCCCUCGAAAACCGGGGCAAGUCCAUCAGAAUCUGAACGAUAAUCAGGAACUAUCGAACUUGCCUGCCCAGGAGCAAAUUAUAUUGCAACACAAUGAUGACACGCAAGAAGAACUUCAUACUUACGUGACGAAACAGGGAAGUCAAAGACCCGACGGAAAACGUUUAAAAGAACGGCCGAAUUCAGAAUUGUCGCAAUCUCCUUUGAUCGAAAACGAGGAAGAAGAGGUCCAACUGGUGUACGUUCCGGCGGAAACUUUGGCGCAAACAGGCCAACUAAAAAGGGGCCGCGGGAGAAAGCAAUAUCCCGUUCGCCAACAUUAUCAUCAACGAGAGAACCAAAGAAACGUCGAACAAACCUCGCUCUCUCCCAAUCAAGAAAUCUACGCGCGGCAGGUGUUGCAGCAGAUUCAGAAAGAACAGGAAGAGAAGGCGCAAUUCCUAAAGGAAGAACGCGUAAAAGAAUUCACCAGAUUAAACGAGGAGCAGAAAGCACUCGAGCGAAAGAUGCGAUUGCAACAGGAGGCUUUUCAGAGGGAACAAGAAUUAUUGCAGCAAAAGGAAGCCGAGAAAAAACGGAAGGAGCUGGAAAAAUUGGAAGAAAUAGCGAGGCAACGAGAAUUGGAACGAAUUCGCGAAGCAAGAGAAAAGCAGAGACAGGAGGAACUCGAACGACGACGACUUGCCGAACUUCGCGCUAAGGAAGAGAAACGCCGUGAGGAAGAAACCAGAGAGCGCGAAGAGAGACAAAAGCUGGAACAGCAGAAAAUCUUGGAAGGUACCGGUUUCCAACAAAACCCUCAAGCUCUAUUCCGAGAACAAGUGCAUCGCCAGCAUCUCACGGACAACACCAGGCUCAAGAAGAUUCGUGGCAGACAACGUCAACGAGUCAAUCAAUACCAGGAACAAUCGAACCGAGAAAUCACGACCACCCCGUCGCCUAAUCAACCACCUCUCUCUGUUUACAUGGGCAAUCUCAGCUCUAGGCUAGAUUCCGUUAAAGUCACCGAUGUCCUAAAGAUCUUGAAAGAUGCGAAAACCAUCGCCGUUUUGGACAACGUCGGCCCCGGUGCUCCGCAGGUCUUCGUGGGUCCGUCAAACUUGGAUCCUCCUUUCGGUUACGCCAAAUUCGAUCUUCCUUAUCUGUCGUCGAUUGAUCACAACAGAGUAGAACGCAAGGUCGACAAACUACCUUUCUUUGUGGCCCCAUUGAGCUUUGAUCCGCCACCGGGUUAUGCCAAAAUCCCGUUCCCUGCACCGCAUAUCGGUUCCGUUGUGGUUAACACGCUAUCGGAAACAUCCCCGGAACCGAAUGCACAAGUAUAUGAACAGAAUUCUAGUCCGACAUCGUUGAUCGAACCGAGUUCUUAUAACAAUGCCGAUCAAAGCGAAUCCAUCGUGAAUCCAUCCACUACCGUGUCUUACGAAUCUUCAACCGCUCAAAACUUUUCCCCAGAAUCCAGCAAUGCAAAAUACGAAUCGCCGUCAGGUUCCAGAUUUAGGUUCAGACAGUAUUACGAUAAUAAGCCGACCUCCGUAGUCAGCACAUCGUAUUACGAUGAACAAUCGAUCACGAAGACGAAACCGAAGCAGUCUUAUUACGAACAAGAAUCCAAAUCGAUUACUCAAUCUCCCAAAUUUGACACGACAGAUAGCUAUAGACAGGAGAUAUCUUAUUCUAACACGCCAAAUUUCCAGGACGAGACAAUAAGUCCACACGAUCCUUCUACGAAGAAACAAGACUUAACAGCUCAUCAAUUGGCGCUCCUCAAUCAGGAACUUGCUCAGCAAAUAGAGACGCAAAAGUAUAACGCUGCCGAACAAUAUCGUUCUCAGGCUAAUAAUCUAGGUGAAUCGUACGAUACCAAUGACGUCAGAGUACCAGUUGGCCCAACGCAAUACAACUUACCAGCGGAAUUACCGCCAAUUUCUCCACAUCUACCAGGAUUAGUGAACUCUUUGUUGGAUAAACAAGAGGAAAAUCUUUCUGUUGCUUCGACGCCGCCACCAACGACGACUACAUCAACAACGAUAACAACUGCUCGUGUAAGCUCCACGACCUACAGACCUCGAGGAAGGGGUAGAACCGUACCCACGAGAUCCAAAACGACUCAAACACCUAGUAAUAAAACCGAUAGAACACGAAGACCGUCAUACAACAGAUCUAAAUCCAGAUUUUCAACUACUACGGAGGAUUAUCGUGAAACAUCUUAUGAGCCUACGAAGGGGAAAAUACCGGAGACCACGCAGAAAUAUAACGCGAUAGAACAUAGGAGACCAACAUCCAGACCGCAAAAAUACAGAAAUCGAGAUAAAGCGAAUUCUCAAUUGAUUCAAACUCAUCAAACGCUCAAUUACGAGAAUUAUCCAACGCAAAGUGAUUCGCAAAACAAUGCAUCUCCCGACGCGUAUUCGCCGACAGGUGAAUCUGUCUCUAAUCACCAGCAAAAGGAAACUUCUUCGUCGGGAGUGAACGAUUAUACCCGUGAGAGUUAUCCUUCAACCACUCCCGCGCAGACCGAGAAUUAUCAGCCAUUGCGUGAGAUACAGCACGGCGCGCCUUUAAUGUCCGAAGAUUACUCAAAGAGUCAAAAUUAUCCACAAAAUCACCCUCAAGAUGCGCGUUAUCAUCAGGAUGCCACUUACGAUCAGAACAACGCCUUCGAGCAACCGAAACUCGAACAAGCCCCGGUAAACGGUUUCAAUUAUCAAGUUGCAAACGAGAAUUCACCAGACCAAACGAAUAUUCCCCAGAGACACAAAGAGUACUCGCGUUAUCAGGAAAAUGCCAACUACAAUCUGGCCAUCACGGAAAAUCCGCGAGUCAGACCCGGCGAGGAACAUCGAUAUUCUCCGAUUUACGAGGUCAACGUAGCGCAAACUCAGCCGGAUUAUAACAUCGGUGGACAGAAUUCGUUCCGCAAUAUUGAUGACGCCAAGAUAGAGGACGGCGCGAUAGAGGCUGAUCCGAAUGCAUCACCGAUUUUUGUUCCGCUUCAGCAGAGCAAGCAAGAAGACUACGAGCUGCAGAUUCCCUCUACAGAGGCAUCAAUUAUUGAAAUCACUACAACCAGCACAACCACUCCAGCACCUGUAAUAAUACGUCAGCGAGUUCGAGGUCGAUUGAGUGGUCGCACUCAUCAAGAUUCCACGAUCCAAACGCGACCUCGAGGGUCUCAGGAUGAGUAUGUUCGUUUUAGUGUCGUGAAUCACGAUUCUCGCAGCUCGAGUCACAGGAAUCGCGAUGGAUCAAGGACGAAGACACGCACGCGUCCGCAGAACCAUGGAUCGCAAGUGCAAACCGAUAAUAACGAAUAUAUAAAAAUACACGCCGGUCAGCAGCAGAAGUUGAUCGCUACUACUACACCAUCGACAACGACAACUACCACCACCACCACCACCACGACUGCCCGCCCUGAGGAGGAAGACAUCGAUUACGGAUUUAUAAGGCCGCCGAGUUUCCGUCCUGUACAACCGGUGCAUCCGGUGGAUACUAGAUUCCAAGCACCCGUUACAUAUAGACCCGCUUUAUCUGAAAUACAACACAUAAUAUCCAACGAUGAGGCAGCAGUGGAAUCGAGUCCGACUCAAAUUGUGAAGAAUCGUCCGAAAUACAAUCAGAUCCCGACUCGCCAUCCGACCACGAAAAUAUUUACGACAACAACAGAAACUGUACCUGUUGCAACGGUGUUGCCGGAUAACACCGUAUAUACGGUGAGACCAAAAACGAAACCGGACGAAUUGAAGCAGACGAGAAUACGAGGGAGAAUCCGCCGACCGGGAAAAAAACGCACGAUGACGAGCACCGAAUCCGGUCUCGAGGCAAACAAUGAACUGCCGCUAGACGAGAAUUAUCCUCGAAUAACGUCACAACAAUUACCAGUGACAAGACAACAACCUCUCUACGAUGACAAUUUCGACAUGUCGCAAUUCGUGCCAAAUCAGAAUCGACAGACGCAAUUUUACGAGGAGAAUAGCGAAAAUUAUCCUCCUCAAGAAUUUAUUCUAAAUUUCGGCAAUCUGCCGGAGCAGAUGUCACAACGGGAGGAAUAUGAUCAGACCCAACUGGCCAGUAUUCCAUCAAGCAAAUAUAGUCAUUCAGAUCGUGUGAGCGGGCAGUCUAGCGGUGACAUUUAUGGCUCCGAGAGUCAAUGGUCCACGAAGCUAUCGAAGACGUCGUUUCAGCCGAGUUUCACCUCGAAUCGCAUGACCGAUGAAUCAAAGAAGGAACGAGACAGGAUUCGCGAUAAUCAAGAGAACAGAAACGCGCCUGAAAUUAUUACGGCCGGACCGGAAGUGCCAUCGGGGGUAACGGUAGUCGUUUUCUCCGACUACCAAAAACCGUCGAACGAGACCGGUGGCACAGACGCAAUGAUGGAUGAUGCUCUUUUCGGAAUGAAGACGAAUGUGGAGGAUCACAUAGAGAAAUUGAAUGCCACAACGGCUGUAACGACGCUCGUACUUCAGGAUCAAACCCGAAGCGAUAAGGAAAUGUCAUUCGAAACACGAGGUUGGAUGAGAGAUAAGGAAGAUAAUUCCAAGGAACAAGCAGGUGAUGACACAAAGAAAAAAAUCACCGACCCUCUUAUCGGUAGAAAGACUCGAAGAAGAAGAGUCCGCGUGAGGGUAAGACCCGUGAGUAAUGAUGAUUUUGUCACUGCCGAAUCUCAACACUUUAACUCCGCAGUAAACAACCUGAUUCAAGAUCAAUACAAGUAUAACCCGAUCCGUGAAUCAAAGUUCACCACCGUCCAACCAAUAACUGUCAUUGCAACCACCACAAAUGCUACAGAGACAACGCAGAAAUCUCUUCUGCAAGACUUCUUGGAAGAGAUGCUGAAAAAUGACGAGCUGUCCGAGGUUCCGACGCGCAUUACAUCAAUUACAUCAACCACGGAAAUACCAGAUUGGGCAAUAUUGACGACAACGACGAUACCGUACGUCGCUUCCGAUGAUGGCGAAGUAACGACUUUGAAGGAAAAUUAUACACAGACUAGUGCAAUACUAACAUCUAAUAUUGAGGAAGAACAUGUAACGAUGACAAAUAAAAGUUUAACCGAAUGGAAAAACGAUACUAAAGAAACGACAUCGUUUGAACAAACUGUUCAUUUGUCACAGGAAGAAACUGAAAUGCAAAAAGAAGCAGAAUCGAAAUAUUGGGAUAAAGAUUUUCAAGAAGAUAAAAGCGAGCAAAAUAAUUUAGAGAAUGUCGAAAUAUUCAAUGAAAAAUAUAAUCUGGCAUCGAAUUAUCCUGAUAAAUCUUCAAAGGAAGUCGAGGAUACCAUAGCAGAAAUGAUUAAUUUUUCAACUGCGGAAAAAGACAUACAGAAAUUGAGUGCCAUCAGUAAAGGGAAGGAACAUAUAAUGACGCUAAAAAAGCAUGAAGAAAAUAUUGAAGAAAAUGACGCAUACCCGAAGAAUCACAGAAUUAAAUGGACCGAAGUGAAAUAUCCGUCCCUCGAUAAAUCGCAAUCUACAUUAAAGCUGCAGUUUACAACGCCUAUUCCUGGUGUUGUCACACGAAACGAGGGUAAUUCGAGCGUAAAAACGCUAUCCGAUUAUGUAAAGGCCAUCUUCGACAGCAUGAAGAGUGCUGAGAAUCAAGAGGAGGUAGAAGAAAUCGCGAAAGUAGUCGAAACUAAAAAUGAGACUCCUAAAAAAGGAGAUCAAAUAAUCAGUACAACUGAUUCUUCGCGAGAUAUUUUUACGCAUGUCAAUAUCGCAGAGAACGCUACUAAUUUCGAAGAAGCACAAAGUAUGACAGAGACAACGACGAAAGGAAAUACUACAAUCUUUGAAACAACCACAUUGAUCCCAGACAUGAUCACGGACACAGUGGCAUCAUCUGAAGAAACCAUAAUAACAGAGCCUUCCACGACUACAUCGCCCACAAAACCAAUGACAUCGAUGGAAGCUACAGACACGGUGAUUAGAGCGAAUUCUACCCAGACGAUGUUAGGCAAGGUCCUUAGAACCUCGACUACCACGAAGGUAUCUCACAUGACAGAGAUUUGUUAUAGAGGUCGAUGCGUGAUGACAAAGCCCAAGAUGGAUGACGUUAUGGAAAGAUGAGAAAAAUUCGACAUAAUGCGAUGUCAAAAACGCCAAUUCGAUUAAUCAUGAAGUCAUCUUUAGCACUUUCCUGCUCGGUUAUUAAAGCAGAUAAUAAUGCAUAAAGAUAAUUUUAGAAACGGUAAUCUAUCUCUUUUAAGUGUCUAUUCGUUGUUGAAAAAUGCAACAAAAUAAAUUAAAUAAUGUUUAAAAGAAUUUAAUAUUUCAAUAUCA